CUCAUUCUCUAGUUUCAUUAGGAUCUAUUGCCAUUCUUAACUUACCUUCAUCCAUUCACUUUUUGUUUAGACUUUUGUAUCAUCUUGUUCCUGUAGGAGCAUACAUGCUAACUUCACCCUUUUCAUCAAGAGACUGA